AUGGUAAAUGGAAAGAACAAAGGUAUUAACAGUCAAGGGACAAUCAGGAACCAAGAGCAGGAAAAAAGAUCAAAUGAAAGGGUGUACGUGGAUAAAAGGGACUUGGUUACAUUUAUUGCAGGUGUUAUUAAUAGUACUGCGGACAACGUGUCAGUGAUUGAGGGAGAUUCAGUCACUCUUAACACUGGCAUCAAAACAAAUCAAACAGACAGAAUAAAUUGGUAUUUUUAUACUGAUCAUAUCGCUUGGAUCACUGGAGAUCAGAGUAAGAUCUGUGUAGAUUCUGAGUGUCCUGAGAGAUUUAGAGACAGACUGAAGCUGGAUCAUGUGACUGGAUCUCUGACCAUCACAAACUUCACAAACACAGACUCUGGACUCUAUAUACUAGAUAUCACCAGCCGCAACAUUGUAAAGACCUUCAGUGUUUCUGUUCAUGGUUUAUCUGGUGUUGAUUCAGAGAAAGUGUCAGUGAUGGAGGGAGAUUCAGUCACGCUACACACUGGCAUCAAAACAAAUCAAGACAGAAUAAAGUGGUUUUUUAAUACUGAUCGUAUCGCUCAGAUCAGUGGAGAUCAGAGUAAGAUCUGUGCAGAUGCUGUGUGUCCUGAGAGAUUUAGAGACAGACUGAAGCUGGAUCAUCGGACUGGAUCUCUGACCAUCACAAACAUCACAAACACAGACUCUGGAGAUUAUACACUAGAUAUCAUCAGCCGCAAUGGUGUAAAGACCUUCAGUGUUUCUGUUCAUGUGAAGAACCCAGUAAGACCUGCACAGAUGUUCAGUGUGAGGACUCUGAUGAGAGAUUCAGAGACAGACUGA